AUGGCUUUUCAUGGACCGAUUAUACCUACAAGUGAAGGGGCAAACAAAUAUAUCACUUCGACCACCGAUAUUCUCUCAAAAUUUGACGUUGCCAAGACUGUUCGAGACUGUACCGCGGAAACAGCCGUUCGUUUCCUCAGUGAAGAGUUGAUAUUAAAAUAUGCUGCACCUCGGGCGAUUCUAACUGACAGAGGUACUCAUUUCACGACAAAAAUGAUGGAUGAAUUAUUCAAACGUGUUGGAGUCCUUCAUUCGUAUUCAACACCAUAUCAUCCAAUGACAAAUGGACAAGUGGAACGUUUCAAAGCAAUCAUGGACGCCAAGAUUGCAUCACCCUCCAACGAUCGUCGAACAACCUGGGACGAACAGCUGCCCUUCAUUACAUCCAAUUACAAUACGAGUAUUCGUUCAACAACAGGAAUCGUCCCAUUUGAAUUAAGGGUACCCCACCCCCUCUUUUCUUUAAAAAUUUUGGAUUUUGAGCUGAGCAUAGCCUGA